UUAUUUUGCAGGCUGCCUCCUCUAACUCGAUGGACCUGGUCGCUGCUCUUGUAAUCCUCAGUGUCCAUGUGUUCGGGUGCUGGGGCUGCCCGGCUAGAUGCCGGUGCUACAGCACGACGGUGGAAUGCGCCCUGGGGCUGACCAGAGUGCCCGCCGACAUUCCCUCGUCUACCCAGACCAUAUUCCUGCAAGACAACAACAUUGGUCACGUCAGGCGUCUGGACUUCUUCAGUCUUCCAAAACUGCAGAACCUCUACAUCCAGAACAACAGCCUGGUCACCAUUGAGGCGGGGGCUCUGUCCAGCCAGCACUUCCUGGUGGAGCUGGCUCUCAAUGGCAACCGGCUCCGACAGCUCAACAGCAGCAUUUUUGAGGGGCUGGAGCAUCUACGGGUGCUAUACCUGGCGGGCAACCACAUCACCCAGCUGGCGGACUACACCUUCUAUGGGCUUCAGAGGUUACACGAGCUGCACCUGCAGGAGAAUAGGCUGCAGUUCCUGGAGGAGCAAGCACUGGCUGGUCUGUCUUCACUGGCACUCCUUGACCUCAGCAACAACCACUUGCGAACUCUCAGCCAGGCAGUUAUCCGCCCCCUGAGGAGUCUCCAAGUCCUCAGACUCACAGACAACCCCUGGCGCUGUGACUGCGCUCUCUUCUGGCUGCGCCGCUGGAUCGACGAGCAGAGCCACCGCAACCGCAACCGGCGGCGGCGGCGGCGGCAGCUGCUGCUGCUCCUGUUGGGCAAGAAGCAGAUCGUGUGCGGGGAGCCCCCGCGCCUGGCCCGCCAGAGCCUCCUGGACGUGCCGCGCAACAGCCUGGUCUGCAUCCCGCCCGCCGUGCGCCUGGAGCGGGCCGAGCUGGCCGUGCCGGCCGGGGGCGACGUGCGGGUCACCUGCCUGGCCUCGGGCUACCCGCGGCCCGUGGUCACCUGGCGCCUGGCCCCGGCCGUCAGGGCCUCCGCCCUCUCCUCCUCCGUCUCCUCGUCGUCGUCGUCCUCGCCGCCGCGGUGGGGCCACACUCCGAGCCCGAGGGCCCAGGCCUCCACGGCCACCGGAAGCGGCACCGGAAGCGGCGUGCUGUUCCUUAGCAACGUGAGCGUGACGCAGGCCGGCGCGUACGAGUGCGAGGCGGCGAACGCGGGCGGCCGGGCCGCGCGGGCCUUCCUGCUGCGGGUCCACCGCCGGCCCGGCGCGAGCUCCGGCCCCCCGGGCCCAGGCCGGACUGGAGGCCCCGGCCUGGACGUGCGCAGGGAGCCGCUCCACAAGCCCGACUUCAGCCUGGACUUCGGCGCGCUGAGCGGCGCCACCCAGACCGGCAUCGCCAUCGGCAUCUCGCUGUUGGCGCUGAUCGCGCUGCUGCUCAUGGCCGUCAUCUGGCGGCAGCAGCAGCAGCGGCGGUGGCGGAGGAGAGAGCGGGGCAGAGGAGGCCAAGGCCGGGAGAGGCCGGGGCCCGGGGACAAGGCCCAACACCAGGCCCCGCAGCACUACCAGAACUUCCCCUCCUACCACGACUACUCCGACGGCCCCAACACCUUCGCUCAGCUCGAGGAGCUGCGCGACGCCACGGGCCGCGAGAUGUUCGUCAUCGACCGCCAGCGACGCGACUUCUUCACCUACAAGGACUCGGCCCGGGCCCAGGCCCAGCCC